AGGGGAGAGGGACGGGAGGAGAGGACAGGGAGAGGGAGAGGAGCUCACCGGCCCUGAGUCACAUGUGCUCGGUGCUGCCGCUGCAGCUGACCGGAUGCCUGCCUCAGUCUGGACGGCACAGACACAGUGACCGUGGCAGGUGUCGUGGAGGCAGGGUGCACGGAGCUCUGUGGAAACGCAACCUCAGGUGUCCGAUCAGUUUGCCAUGCUGAUCACAUGGUGGUAUUUAUACCUCGCAGCCCGGGACAUCGCCCAACAAUGCAAGUAUUGCUGGUGUUUUUUUGUCUGGCUGCGUGUCCCUUUGAAGGUGAACCCUGCAGGAGGAUCGUGUGUGGGACGGAGCUCAGGCACUAGGUUUUCUUUUCUCUCUAUAAUGGAUGUAGAUGUCAGUGAUGUCAUGCAUCCGUUACUGCUACUGAGAAAAAUGUCACGGUUCAUUUUUGAAUUCCUCCACGCUCCGACUAUGACGCGCCACAUCCUGAAUGCAGUAUUUAUGAGCAUUUAAAAUGGCCUCAAUCCUUCAGAAGCUGAUCACCCCGCUGUGCAGCGGCCCCCCCGAACCCCCCAGGAAUAAAGUGACAGUGGUGGGCGUGGGCCAGGUCGGCAUGGCGUGUGCCAUCAGCGUCCUGCUCAGGGAGCUGGCCGAUGAGUUGGCCCUGGUGGACGUGAUGGAAGACAAGCUGAAAGGAGAGAUGAUGGACCUGCAGCACGGCAGCCUCUUCCUCAAAACUCCCAAAAUAGUUGCAGACAAAGAUUACUCGGUGACAGCAAACUCCCGCAUCGUGGUGGUGACAGCGGGAGUCCGUCAGCAGGAGGGCGAGAGCAGGCUGAACCUCGUCCAGAGAAAUGUCAACAUAUUUAAGCACAUUGUCCCGCAGAUCGUCAGAUUCAGCCCCGACUGCACCAUCAUUGUGGUUUCUAACCCAGUGGAUGUGCUGACCUAUGUGACCUGGAAACUGAGCGGCCUCCCCAAGCACCGCGUCAUCGGCAGCGGCACCAACUUGGACUCGGCCCGCUUCCGCUUCCUGAUGGCUGAAAAACUGGGAAUCCACCCCAGCAGCUUCAACGGAUGGAUCCUGGGGGAACACGGAGACACCAGCGUGCCUGUCUGGAGUGGAACAAAUGUAGCUGGAGUCAACCUGCAGACACUGAACCCGGAUAUCGGCACCGACUGUGAUGACGAGAACUGGAAAGAGACCCACAAGAUGGUGGUGGACAGUGCUUAUGAGGUGAUCAAACUGAAGGGUUACACCAACUGGGCCAUCGGUCUGAGUGUAGCUGACCUGGCAGAGAGCCUCAUGAGGAACAUGAACAGGAUCCAUCCAGUCUCCACCAUGGUGAAGGGCAUGUAUGGAAUCAGCGACGAGGUGUAUCUCAGUCUGCCCUGUGUGCUGAACAGCGGGGGCGUGGCCAGCGUGGUCAACAUGACCCUGACGGAUGACGAGGUGGCCCAGCUGCAGGACAGUGCCAACACACUGUGGGACAUCCAGAAGGACCUGCAGGACAUUUAACUGACCAGCAGGGGGCAACUGAGCUGCACCUCCCUGACAUGUCCUGCAUGCCGGCCAUCACUCUGCAGGCAGCUCCAGCUCCCACACCUUCCACCCACUGCUCCACACUGUAGAGUCACAGGCGUGUGCACGGAGAUGUCGUCACAUUUACUCGUAGAUGUCAGAGCUUGUUCACUUUUUUGCUCACUGGAGAGACCAAAUGUGACACCGACUGAGUGACAUGUUGCUCUGACUCGUUUGUCCUCGGCCGUGUUGCAGUGUGGGAAAACGUGCUUUGACGUGUAAUAAAGCAAGUUUGUUGACGUGA